AUGACGCCCACGCCAACGCCCACGUCCUCGCACCAGGCUCCAGCACCACCGCCCACCACGUCAACGGCCAGAGACAAGACGGCCCCCACUGCUGCUGGCCCUGAGAGCGCGUCUACUGCGCCUAUGAAGCACCAGACGACCCUCGCCGGCGCGCGCUCGCGCAACGCAUCAGGCACGCCAUCGCCCAAGUCACCACUGUCCUCGCGAGAUGCAUCGCCCGCGCGCCCCCAUCAACGCGCUGCCCCCGCCGCAGCUGCAAACCCCAGAGCUGGCCUCCGUUCACCCCGAGCCGCGGACCCAGGCCCAGCGGGCUCCAAGAUCUCGCCCUCAGCCACUCCCAUCCCCCGCGCGCAAUCCGCGUCAAGCAUUCCUCAGCUCCCUCAAGUGUCGUCGUCUGCAUCGUCCGCAGACACCAUCAAGGCGCCCCGGCCCAUGAAGCCAACGCCUGCUACCAUCUCGGGCGACGGCACGCCUCACUGGCCCAUCUCGCCCCGUCUGAAGUCACCACCGCCCACGGAUGGCCGCUCCGACUCUCGCUCUCGCGCCAACUCCAUUCGCAACCAGUUCAGGAAGCCUGAGACACAGUCGACGCCCGCCAUCGUUGUCCAGAGCUCGUCGCCAGGGCCCGCUACCCGCAUCCUCGUUAGGGACGACGCGGUCGCAAGUGACUCGGACGAGCCUGCGAUGAGCGUCAAGGCUCCCUCGCGAGGUGCCAGCGGCGCUGCCCCGAAGCUUGAAACACUCUCAGCUAACCGUUAUCUCAGCUUUGUCUCGUCGUCGUCGACCACCUCCCACAAAACCUCUGAUGAAGAGCGAAAUGACGUCAGCUCUUCCAAAGUCACCGAAGACCUCAGCUCCAAGAACAACAACACCACCACCAGCAGUCAAACUGGCAGUGGCAGCGACAGCGGCAGCAAAGCAGCCAAGAAGGGCAAGAUGCAAGAGCAGCGCUCCGCGUCAGCACAAAGACCACAUCACAUCUCCGCGAAGCCGUCGCUGUCGUCUCUUUCGACGCGUUCUGCCACCCAACCGCCCCUGCGCAACAUGACCGUCGAGACCGAGACGGUGCCUUCUGUCGCGCAAUCCACCAUUGGCAACCAAGAGCGCUCUGCCUCGGGUCGCGUCGACGGAAGCCUGCGCCUGAAACCGAGCAACGAAACCAUACGCCCCAAGAAGGAAAGGAAACCUGCGAAGCGGAAAGCGCCGUCGAUCAACGCGGGCACUGGUAGGUCGCCUCACAUUCCAUAUCACUAUUUCGUUGCGAGCAGGCCAGAUGUCGGCUCUCGCUCUAGCACUGUAUCCUCAUUCGGCAGUCCGACUUCGUAUCGCUCGUACGACGAUCGUUCUGUGUCGACACUGUCACCGCCGGGUGGUGGUGAGAUGCGGAUGCUCGAACAACGCCCCUCUCUCCGCUAUUUCUAUUCAAGCACUAACUCAAGUUUUCGCAAAGCUUCCUCCAAAGCCGACGUUUUCGAGCAGAAGGUUGCAAGUGCCGUCGAUGAAGCAGACUCUUCUGACUCGGACGCAACCUUCAUCUACGAGUCGAACCCACAACCCGAACAACAGCCACACCGCAGCCGACACCACCACUCGCGAACCCCAAGCAUGACCUCGUUGGCCAGCCUUGCCGACCCACGCUUAGCGAUACGCGACUCACACAAGAAUCCAAACAAGAAAAGCAGCAUGAAAUUUACAAACUCUUACAAUAACCCCGGUGCUGAUCCUGACGCGGCCGACCGAGGAGAUGGCACACCUAACAGUCCACGACUCCACUCAAUUGCUCCCAGUAAUGGCCACAGCAACGGAAGCAAGAAACACGGCGAAUACUCGACUUAUGAUAUGGACGCCGAGCACGCAGCCGAUGAUGAAAGGACGCCGCUCAUAUCAUCCCGAGGCAGUCAACGUAUACGGACGCCUCGCCGUAGGAACAGCUUCACAAUCCGCGUAGAACGACGCCAUCAGCGGGGGAGCGGCUGGUGUCGUCGCUUUGCUGGUUGCCUAGUCCUAUCUAUACUCCUUAUGUUUGUCAUCUUCAGCUCGGUCGGUUUGGUGUUCGCCACCACGAAGCCAUUGACAAGCGUCAUUGUCCAAGGCGUGCAGAACGUGAUCGCGAGCCAGGACGAGAUUAUGCUAGAUCUCAUUGUCGAUGCCGUCAACCCCAACAUUAUCGGUGUCACUGUUGCCGACAUGGACGUCAUCAUAUUCGCAAAGAGCAAGCACGUAGGAUCCGACAAGUGGUGGAGACAUCACGGGGAGGACCAGCAAAACAACCAAGAAGACUGGAAGCCGGUUGACGAUGACUUCACGUCCGCGGGCAUUGACGAAGGCACGGAUCCAAUUGAAGGCGAACCCAGGACUAUGUCUCUUGCGGACGUAUCCUACACUUUGAUUCGCCUCUGA